CGAGCGCCGAGUCGGUCAAUACUCCGGGCAACGCGGCGGUGAGAGCAUCGACGGUCGGCCGUGCACACGCCGCUCGCGCUUCGCGUCGUCGAGAAACGUUUUUCUCUCCGCGUCCUCUCUCUGUCUCAUUCGUUAUCGUGUGCGUAAUCAGUCGUCUCUCGUGCUCCGAAUUCGUGAAACGCGCCGACGUCGUUUCUGUGCGUUCCGUUUCGGCGCCGGUAGUGCGUUAACUUCGCUCCGUAUCCCCGUGUGCGCUGUGAACAUAGGCAAUUGUAAGCGGACGCGAUAUAUAUAUAUAUAUAUACCUAUAUUCGCGUUAUACAUACAUCGUAUAUGUGCACACGCGGACGACGGGAGUGCGUAAAAGUAACACGGUGCGUAUCUACGCACGCGUAGACACGCUCCUCUCCGCGAGGAGGAGCGUCGCGAGUAGCGUCCUCGUCGUCCUCGUCGUCUUGCUUCAUCGCUCCGGUCUGGUUUGAUUUCGCUCGUUAGUGGUGUGCGAGGCACCUGCCCUGUGAGAACGUGUGAGUAUACGAUGUGAAAGAGCGCGAGAACACAGGACGAUUCCUCAUCCGAAGUAGCGUCGGUGAAGGAUCGCGAAAGGAUUUUUUCUCUUCUGCCGAAUUCGCCCGCGAUUUUGUUUCGUGCAAACGAGUGGAGCAGGAGCAGAUAUAUCUCGAGUGAGAAGACAAGAUAUGCGUCUCGGUGCGUGAUGGACAGGAGGCGAGUCUUCCCAGCCAGCAGAAGCGGCUUCUUCUCGAUCGCCAGACUCAUGGAUACGUGGAUAUUCUUCCUGUUCGUCGCCAUUGCCGACGUGGCGGCGUCGGUGGAGGUUCACUUCGAGAACAAGGACGGCGGAUUCUUCCUGAAGCACACGCAGCGACAAUACUAUCCCGCCCGCGGCACGUCGGACUCCGUCCCGUCGACCACCAGCAACAACAACAACAGCAACAAUAACAAUAGUCCUGGGAGCGCGGUGCCGUCACCGCCACCGGGCUCCGUCCUCUCGAUCGACAAAUUCACCGUCUUCCAAACGAGCGAGCCGGUCUCGGUGCGGGCGACUUACGGGCCCUUCAGCACCAAGCAGACGGUCCCGGCGCGUUACAUCGUUCCUGACCCUCUGGACGCUCUCCCGGCGAUGCCGGAGACCCGGCGCAACCUCACGGCGGCGACGAUCCUGGACGCGCAGGAGCUCGGAGCGCGUCACCUGGACAUGUCGGCCCACCUGGUGGGCAACAGCGUGCCCCGGGACUCGCCCGUCCUCAGGGUGCUCUUCCACGCGGGCAGCGAGACCGGCGGGAGACGUCAACUGCUGAUGGCGCGUCAUCAGCGGGUCUGCGUGGUGUUGCACGCUAGUCUGGCCAGUCCGUCGAGAGGAAACGCCGCGAGCAGGAGCAGCAACGGACGCUACUCUUCCUCUUCCUCGUACUCCUCCUCUUCGUCGUCAUCGUCAUCGUCCUCUUCUUCUUCGUCUUCGUCAUCCUCCGCGCUCACGGCCGCCUGCAGCCCGGACGGCGAGAACGGCGUGUGUCUGGCGCAAAUAACCAUCCCGGCUGAUUGGUGGGCGCCCUUGCCGCCACCAGACGCCUCCGGUCGUGUCAAGGUCGCCAAGAGUCUGCCCCGGUUGAUCCAGGUCGCCUACUCCGUCCUCGAACCUCGCACGGAGGAAGGUGGUAUCGAUAACGGCGGCGGCUCGGCCGACCCCACCGGAUCGGGAUUCUGCAGACCCAGGGUGCAGAUCCAACCCGUCACUCCCCUGGGUCAAGUACCGCUCGCGCCGAACAAGGCCGAUUACAAGGAGCUUAGGGCGGACGAUCUGUUUACCCUCCUGGUGCCGCACGGCCCGCUCUAUCCGAGAUCCAGACUGCACGUUCCGGCGUUUCUGCAUCCUGCGAAAGUCACCGAGUCCCGGCAGGAUCGACUGCCAUUAAUCGUCGCUGUAAUCCUGAGAGUGAGAGUGAAGUCCGGGGUGAAGAUCCUGGAUGCCUCGUCCAGCAGCCCGGAUUGGUCCGUCCAGAGUGAUGUCAACGCGAAAAACACGGCCGCCACGUUUACAGCACGACGGAAGGAAACGACGUCACGUGCCCUAAGCACAUCCGCGGAAGAAAUAAUGACGAUGCUGCUGGAGGCGAGCGAAGAUGGGAUAGGCGGAAACUGGGACGGCGGGAAGAUCGUGUGGAGCGUGCGUUACGAGCUCCAGGGCGAGGAAGAGAAGGAUUCGCAGUUGACGGGCGUCGAUCAGUUGCAGCUGCGAAUGCAACACCAGCUGCAGCAUCACCAUCAUCAUCAUGUCGAGAAGCGAAAGCUGCAGGCAAGGCUGGAAAUACAGAAGGACGAUAUACAGGCGGUGCUUCCGAUCUCGAAGAACUGGGAGGUGAUGAAUACAGCGGUGCUGACGGGGCGUCAGGUGUCGCAGGGGAUGAAGGUUUUCAUCGUUAGUCAAGCCGGGACGGUCGCCGACGUCACAUUGCAGUCGUCCUGUCAUUCCGAGGACGAGAGCGUUCUUAAGGUAUCCUCUUCGUGCAGCAGCGUGUACGUGGACGGUUCGGAGAUCCGAGGUUCCAGCAACGCCUCGGUCCUCGUCAAGUACGGCACGUACACCGGUUUGGCAAGGUUCACUGUGUGGAUGCCCGAGUUUCCUCUGGAGGUCAGCGUCAGCGACACAAGACUCAGCCAGAUAAAGGGCUGGAAAGUGCCGGAAGAUCACGCGACCAGCGCCAAGAGCAAGCGGAGUCUGCUGAACACGACAAGGAUCGUCGAGGACCACCAGACCGGAAUCACAACUACGACGGAAUCGCCUGUCACCGGGCGAGCGAAGAAGAGGAGCGCCGUCGAGCUCGAGGAUUCGAUAGAGGACACCUCGAUGGACGUGGACGACCUGGACGAGGAGCCGCUGCUCGAGGAAGAAGAGGACGAGCACGAGGAGCGGUUCCGCGGCAACGGGAACGAUCACGGAUGGGACACGAUCAACUCCAUCGAUCGGAAUCUGUCCCCAGCCAAUUGCAGAUUGCGAUUCCAGCAGAGCCCGGUCGAGGUGCACGCUCGUUUCCUGGCGACCGAUCACGAUUCGGGUAGAGUCUCGUACUUUGUCAAUCGGCGCACCUGGCUGCGCGUCACCGAUCUGGUAGCCGGGAUGUUGCGUGUCUCGGAUCCUAGGAUAGCGACGCUUCUUCAGAAUAGACUGGUACAGGGACGUGGGGUGGGACGCACGGAGGUCCAGGUACUCUCGCCGAUUACCGGAAGAGUAAUCGGCGCGAAGGAGAUCAGAGUUGGCAAUGAUCGCGUGUCCGUGAUGCGACUGUCCGUCCGGGUCGUGUCCGGACUUCAGCUCAGCAUCAGCCCCGAUACCGCGAUCGAGAAUGGAUAUGUCGCGGAAACUUCGGUUACUAGGAGACUGACUGCACAGUAUCAGGAGGGAUUGUUGGACAUCGACGUGGAGUUCUCGGACGGCACCCGGACGCCCCUGAGGGAGAUCGCCGUGAGCGAUUACCAUUUGCUAGUCGAGAGCACGGAUCCGGAAGUCGUAGCGUUCGCACCGAUGGUAGCGUCGCAUCAUCCCCGGGUCAUCGCCGUCGGCGAAGGUCGCGGCGACCUGCUACGCGUCAACCUUCAGCUGGCCGACUCUUGCAGGUUGUCCGGCAGACGUGCGAGCAAGAGUUCUCAGAGAACGCCGGCCGCCUCGUCGUUGGCCAGCGCCUCGGCCAACGUCGAGGUGGAUUUCGCCUCGAGCGAGGUGCCCAAUCGGCCGGAAUUCGUGCAGAACGACGGUGGCGGCACCGUCGUCCAUCAUCACCGGGAACGUAAAACCAACCGCGGCGAAAUGGCACCCGAUCUACAUGACAUUCUCAUCGGGUUACCGCUGAAAGACGAGAAAGACGGGCACAAGCACGAGCCUCUGGUGCAGGCGCGGCAGCAUCGCACGGCUAUAGCUAAUGGCAUGUCUUCAGGGGGUAUGGGCGGCAUCGGCGUGCGUCACCACGGCGUCGGGGCGCGCAUGAGUCCGCUCGAGAUCGGGAUGUACGUGCUGCUCGCGGCGUUCUGCUUCGCGAUCGUUGUCUUUGUCGUCUCCUGCGUGGUGUACGCCAGCAAGUUCAAGCCCCAACCGCCGGACUCGCCGGGGCUGCUGACUAGCGCGGCCGUCCCGGUCCUCGCCGGAGCGGGUGCGAGGGCUCGAGCAGCCGCGAAUCAGCUGGCUUCCGGCAGACGACCGCCCCGCGAAUCCACCACCAACGCACACGACUGGGUAUGGCUGGGUAGAGCCACCCUCGAGCGUGCCGCCUGCGGCCCGCAACAGGUACGUGUAACGAGUAACCCGCUGGCAGGUGAAGACGAACCCGAGAACGAACUGGGAACAUGUUUUGACAAUCCGAAUCACAUCGAGUUACCAUCCGCCAACAACCAACGACCUAGUGGCGGCUCCAGCGCCAUCGACACCACAACCUACUCCAAGAGGGACCGAAUGCGGAACAGUUUCGCAGCGAAAUCCGCGAUCAAACCUUCCGCGAUGAUAGCACCCAAUGCGACGACGACGACGACGACGACGGCGACGACAACGGCGUCGAUGGUAGCUCCGUCAAUGGCCACCACGCGGAAUGACAACGACGAUAUUCCUCCACCCUUGCCACCGCACGGAGUGCCGUCAAUUGCGACGACGACAACGACGACGAUCGGCACGAACAACGUGACCAACGGGAACAACGAGGACUACAAACCACCGGUACCGCCACAUAGGAACACGGGGGUUAACGUGCGGCUGCCGGAACCACCACGAAAACAUCGCCACAGGACGUCCAGCGGAGGCAGCAGCGGUGGUGGCGGCGGCCAUCACGGGAAUAACCAUCGACAUAGCGGUAAACCGCCGCAGCAGUCAGCUGGCCAUCAUAUGGUGAAACCGCAUGCGAAGGCCAGAGCGGUGGAAAACGCGAACAAGCAGCAGCAGCAGAACGGCGAGGACGAGGAAUUUGUGGAACUGGCGAGUCACGACGACGGCAACAGACAUCCGGCGAAGGACGCCGGGAGGUCCCGGGAGAUCAAAAGGGCGACCAUAGUGGGUAAUCCGAUGUACUCGUCCUUCUCCACGUCCGCUGUCGUCUCCACCGUGACCUCGACUACACCUAUCGGCGGCACAGCCUCGUCUACCACCACGUCCCCACCGUCCUCGUCGCCGUCCGCUUCCUCAUCCUCGUCCUCGUCGUCCUCCAGCUCCUCCUGCGCCUCGUCGUCCUUCCAGGAGCAGGAGGAAUCAGUGCCGCUCGACGAUCUUAAUCUAGGUAUGGACUACAACCAGAUCAUGCAAUACUUUGACAAUCUGAAAGAGUCGAAUGCCUAGGUAGGGUUGUUCGACCUCUCUGAAGGUCGAGCAGUAGUCAACGUCGAUACGGAGCACCGGGAUCCCCCUCGUCAGUAGAUGCGGCGAACGAACUCUGUACUUUUUCUCUUUUUUUUCCCUCAAAGUUCGUCUCUUGAAAAGUCUCUCUGGAGAAGAUUUUCUCCGUCGCGACGACUCGCUCUCGCGGAAAUGAAAUUCCGCUACGUAGACGAGGACGAUGAUUCCCGGAUAUUUCGUAUUUUAGACUAUAAUCUAGUCAGCUUUCUAGCAGCACAUCAAGAGUAACGCGCAAACAUGCAUACACACAUACGUACACGCUCAUAUUAAUGAAAUUAAGAGAGAGAUUACUCCCUUCAUACACGAUUCAUACGGUCUCUCGACAAUUUAUUACGAUCACUCACAGUUUUCGAGGACGCGCGAAAUGGGUGAAAAGUUCCUGAAGUACGACAUAAUUUGCGCCGCAAUAUAUUCGCGUCAAUACGUAAAUAAUAAUACGUAAACAUGUAAUGCACGCUAAAAAAAAAGAGAGAAAAAAAUUGUGCAUUACAUCAAUAUUUUAUAUUAUAGCCCCACGCGAGGAGAUGCAUAUAUUCACUAUAUUUUUUUACCAUUUUUACAAAAUAUAUACAUAUACGUACAUCGUUAUCCCGAAUGACAUUCAAUAAUGAGUAUCUUUCUCGUUUUCGCGUUUGCUAUUUGCAAAAUUUUCUCAUUAACAUGACUCUCUAAAAAUAUUCUAUUCGUAUCGACGGUAUUUGAUAGAUUUGACCCUACCUACUUUGUUUACAUUAAAUUUUCAUACGCGAGGAUAUUUUUCGGCGUCGCGAAAACUUGUGACGUAAUAAAUAAUCAGAGUUACUGUUCGUAUGUAUACACGCAAGAGGCUUUAAAAAAGAUACUGACUGUCGGUGGCCAAGUGGGGUAGGUAGAUCGCUCGCUCGAUGAAGACGACGACGACGACGACGACGAUGACGAAGAAGAAGAAGCAGAAGAAGAAGCAAGAAAAAACGUCACGCGACGUUUUGUUCCUCGCUGCGAGCUUUCCUUCGUUUCAUGCAGGAUUUCACGUAUCCUCCUUACCCCUGCCAUCCUGAUCUCUCAAAAGCUCUUCCCUUGCGCUAUCCUCCUCUCUCCCUCUUUUCCUCUCGCUCUGUUAGGGUUGCAAGGGACCAGCAUCAUUUGCGAGAUGCUUUGUAUUUUGAUCGCACAAUUCCUUUCGUCUAAGACGGCAAGAAAGAAAAAAAAAGUGCGCUAAUAAAAGACAUUAUCAGGGACUCUCGAAUCUUUUCAUUACAGAUAUCAAAAUAUCACGUUUCAUGUACAAAAGGAAGACGAGUUUUUGUAUCGUUGAUACGUGCGGCCCCUUUCGCCUGGAUAUUUGAUCUGCAUCCGAAAGUAAGCUCGCGCUUAACAGGCGCGCGAACGGGUGAAUUUUUCAGUUCGCCAAAGGCUGUCAGACUGUCAAUCAGUCUUUGUCAGGGUGUAUUACGAGACGCGCGAUCAAAAUACGGCGAAGCAACGGAAGUGCAAAACUUGCAACCCGAUCCCCCGAACCUGGUCGUGUCGGAGGACGCGAUUUAUUUAUUCGAUCGCGACCACGUUUGUAAAUUUUGCUUCGUAAGACUGUGUACAUACGUAUAUAUAUUAUAUACAUAAAUAUAAAUAAUACUGCGAUAAAUGAAGCGCGCAUGUUAAUUACGGACUUACAGAUUUAAAGUUACAUUUAUAUAGCUAAUAGAGAAUCUCAGCGCGAAGCGAGAGAGGAAAUAUCGAAAUAAUUUCGUCGUCACAAAGGAUUAUACCUUAUAUAUAUAUAUAUACACGAACGCUUCUCUCGCUUUUGAAUUAUUCCUCGGGACUUUUACCUUUUUUUAAGAGUCUCGUAUCGCAAAUCUCAGCACUUUUGCGCAUCGCACACGCACUUCAUCACGCGUGUGUUAGACAUCGUUAUAGCGAGAUCAGUAUACCGCGAAAACGUCUUAUAGAUGUCUAGAUAGAUACCGAAAUAUAAACACGUAUGCGUAUUUAGGUACAGUAUUGGGAUACGGUGUGUAAAAAAAAAAAAAAUCUUGAACAUUCUUGCUUCGGACAUUUGUAUCUAGGUACUCUAUAUACAUAUAUCUGCUACAAGAGAGAGAGAGAGAAAGACGAUAUCGUCAAAUGUACCAUGUAUAUUGCCAUAUCACGAGUGUAUAUAAUUGUAUAUUUAUCGUAAAAAAAAAAAUAUAUAUAUAUAUGUAUUAUCGGAAAUAUUGAAAAAUAUAUAUCGGCCGAGAUAUUCUGAACGUUAACGAGAAGAUAGCCUACUCUCCUUUUUGUAACACGAAUCUAUUCGGUUUAGAUUUUUUUUUAUUAGCCUAGCUUGAAUAUAUUCAUAAAUGUCCAGAAUGUGUUUCGUGAAUUUUUUAAUGACUACAUUUCGUACUUGGAUGCUAUUUCGAGAAAUAUAAUAUAUGUAUCAUUAUAUAGAGAGGAACGCACAUUUCUAUCAUUGUAUUCGUGCGUUUUGUACCUAGAUACAAAGAAUGCGUUGAAAGUAUGUAUAAACUAAGUGAACAUUAAUUAUUGUCUAUAAAUGACUUAUUGAGUAUAAAGAACAAACAUACAUAAACGUAUUGUGUAUAUGUGUAUGUAUGAGUGUCGAGCAAAUGAAAAAUAAUGGAGAAAAUAUUAACUGAUAUUUUUUGAAGUAAUCACACGUAGAAUUGAUUGAUCAAAUUUGCAGACUUUUCUCUCCUUAAUUAAUCUACAACUUAUUGUUAGUAAUCGAUAACGGAAUUAUAUUCAUCUUUAUAUAAAUAUUCUCAACGAAAGUAAAAGCAUUUGUUUUAAAGUGUGUGAAAGCGUAAGGACGAAAACAUAUCCUAUAAAUUCUAUAUAAAAAUCGUAUUCUCUAAUCAUAAUUUUAUACUUUUCUCGUUCAUUUUGCUGGUAUAAAUUUUUCUAAACAAAGAUUGCCAUUGAAUAUAUAUAUAAUAAAGAAUGCUUCACAGCUAAAUAAUCUGAGCAAAGUAGUGUUCGCUUAAUCUGUACGUGCUUUUAACCGUACUUAUUAUCAGCGAAGAGAAAAAAGAGAGCGAAAAGAUAUAUCGUUCUUCCCCUCCGAUCGAUUAGAAUAUACAUAUAGAGUUACGUGCUCGUACAGUGUCAUCCCCGUUGUUUUCCAUAAAAAUAAAAACCGAGCACCGUGAAGCGAUUGAGAGUGAAACGAGGCAACUGACUAUAGACGUUGAAGAAGUGAGCGACUCCUCUACUCCAAGGAAAAAGGCCGGAAAAAAAAGAAUAUAGAUAAGACACUUAUGUACGUAUCUAAAGACUACGUGUCUAAGUAUGUAUAUGUAACUUACUCCGUAAGUUGUGUGUCGGCACACAAUAUGUGCGUGGGACAAUAGUGAUCCAAUCCUAAUCGGCGGUGGACGAGAAAAAAAAACGGACGUGGUGUCUCGUUGUCUCGAGAAGAUGAAGAAUAACGAUGUGUUUAGACGAUUCUGCAAACAUUGAAGAAGAAUCGGAGUAUAUCUGCCCACCUUCAUCUCCCCUUUUCUCCUCCCGCCGAGAAUCUAGUCUCUUAUAUAGCGCGUAAUAUAAAAUAUAAAAUAUUAAUCGACGUGAAAAAAAAGUGCGAUGUACGUUGCCUUUCGCCUGAUGAUAAUACGUAUCUUUCGAAUGCUCCCGCGAUCACGAUGCGUCAAGCUUGAUGUAUGUACAUACACACACGAUCGACCCUUAACUACUGUGGUGUAAAACGAAUCGUGUAUUCGGACGUUUCUAUAAUUGUGCAAAAGAAACAGAUAAGAUGAUGUGAAGAUGAGACGAUCUUUCGUCUCGUACAGGAGCAACGAAUGAAAAACGUGCUUUUAAUAUAGUGAAAUUCAUGAAAUGAUUUUAAAAAAUGAUAAGAAUGUUAUAAUCUAGUCUCGUAUAUCACAUUGUAAGAUUCCACCAUAUUAGUUAAGGGUUGAAUAGUUUCCGAACCGAUUGUAAAAAAAAAACACUUGUCCUAUCUAUAGUCGCAAGUUUCCUUGAAUUUAAUCUGUAAAAGGAGAGCGCCUUUUAUAUGAAAAUGUAACCGCAAAACUAAAUUCCAGAAAGCGGUCUUCUUUACUUUACUCGAUGUGAGAAUAUAAAACAAGGACAUUGUUUUCUGCAAUCGGUUCUCGAUGCCUUGAGAAAGCGACUCUUGAUAGUAUACUCUCUUCGACGAGGGCAAAAUUACGGGAGAGAGUUACUUUCAGCAGUGACUCGCACUUGAGAGUUUUGCUUCUUGAGAGAUAUUAUCCGUAAUGUAGCUCUCGAGUGUAACGCUAUAAAGUUUGUACUCGUAUCUCAUAUUCGACACUUUGCCGUCUGAUUCUCGUAGACGCAGACACACAAUCAGGAUCCUUUUGUAUUGCGAUAUUAAAAUGAUGCGCAUCGAUGCUAUAUAAUUACGAUGUUAUAUAAUUUUGCAAUCGCUCCCAUCAUCGCAAAACCGAUUAACGUUCACAAUUAUCCUGCGACCUUCUGAUGCGAGAUUAACAAGCCGGAGUCCAAGUGCCAAGUGUGCGGUGCGGGUAUAUAUCAUACUUAGUCUUCCGGCGUGUCGGAAGCUAAUGUAACGCUUUGUAUAUUCCUUUCCAUUGUUCUCCUUCUCGUCGAGAUGAACGCAGAGAAGCGAGAGAACUUAUCGGUGAACUCAAUUACGGUGAGAACUUAAGAUAAUCGCGAUCAUAUCCGAAUGUCAAGCGAAAAAAAUAGACGCGCGCUAAUCGUUCGUAACUAUUAUCUAGCGAGUUUGAUAUAAGGCCACCCCAUCGGUGAUUAUCAUGAUGCCAUAGCGUUUACUUAUAUAGUCUUACUGAGAGUGAUCGGAGUCAGUGGCUUGUAUGUUAUAGUAUUAUAUCAUCGCGUGACACACAAAAUGCAUAAACACGUGUACACACAGGUAUGGAUGAUUAGAGAUGUGUACAUUUUGCACAUCUGUGUGGUUUCCACAUCGUCAUUCGAGAUGAAAAAAAAACUCGCGCUUUUGUAGUUAUCGACACGCUUAUAUACGCAAUUUAUAUUUGUAAUAUAAAUUGUCUUUGCAAAAUGUAAACCAGUGAUUUUUGAAUAAGAUUUUUACUGCCGAUCUCUAAAAUUAUUGCAACAAUUCUUCAUCAUUUUUAAAAAUUUUUUCUUUGCUAAAGAGUUUCUAUAUCAAUUAUAAAGCACAAGAGCAUAAUAAAAAAAUCGCACGACUUUAGAAUAAUAUUCAUAAUCUUCUUCAUAAAUAUUUUUCACAAUUCAUUCUUUUAUUUUACACGAAAAUUCUUAUUCCCUCUUUUUCUUGUCGAUUAGAAGUGCAAUAGAUUAAUCGCGCGCGCGAAAAAAAAAUGCAUCACUGACUCUGCAUCCGCGCACACACAUUCCUCAGACACCCCAUUUAUAUUAUAAGUGUGAUAAAUGCGGAACUGAUGAGAGAGAAAAACGAAACGAUGAAAGAGCGAUAAUUAGUAGUUACUAACUGUAAACGCUUCGACGAUGACGAUGGUGAUGAUUUGAACGACCAAUAUCCGACGAUAGUGUAUGCAAAAUGUUCUCUUUGUCUUGGACGCGAUUUUGAGAGAGAUGAAUUGAUUACACUAGUGUAUACAGAAGUCGACAGACUUCGCCAAUUUACGAGAUGAGAGACGAGAAGCAGAGCAGAGGCAAGAUUUUGUUUACACAACUUUGAGCACACAAUGAAAAUCUUAACGAAAGAGCUCGUCUCCAAAGCGGCCUAUUUAAUCUUCAAAAUGACGAAAAAAAUCUUUUCAUGCUUUUGUAACAUUCGAGCUUCGCUUUUGAAAUUUAUCAGACUUGAGACGAUUUGGAGAGAAGCUCUUUAUAAUUGCGAAUGUCAGAAAAUUAUAUACUUUAAGCUGAACGAAUUAAAUGUUCACUUGAGAGAAGAUUCAUUCAUGUAGAAUCUUUGUACUCUAGUAAAAAUAAAACAGAUUUCGCCUCUAGCUUUUCGUCACCGUUUGUUGCGUCUAAGGGAUCGUCAUUUUUCUUCAUCAGUUGAAAAAUUUAAGAGACAUUUUGCUCGUUUGUACGAUAAGCAUUGUAUAAUAUCGGAUGCUUAAAAAUGCAAAUUUUCAACAUCUUAAACAUGAAUAAACUUGUGAUAAUUCUCUUUCCAAGAGAAAUUAUUUUAUCUCAAAAAAUGUGACAAUUUACAUUACAAUCACUUUUCUAAAACAUCAACAAAGUUUCAAAAAGUCACGUAAAAAGUAUGUUUUUGUGUGUAAGAAAUAAUUUAUUAUUAUGUUUUAUAUAUUUUAAAAAAUAUUAUUUAAUUUCUUUUCUUUUCUUUCUUAAAAUCAGGUAAAGUAACAUUGAUUAAACAAAAAAUGAAGAAAGCAUAGAUAUUAAAGAAAAAUAGAUUAUUAAAAUUAAUUUGUUUUUCACAGAAUUUAAUAUAUUAUUAUUUUAAAUAAGAGGAUGUUUUCGGUGUUAUAUCAUUUAUCGCAAGUUUAUUCAUGAAUAAAGCAAAAUAAUAUAACGCAAAAGUCUCUGAAACAUCCCCGUUCGGAUAUUAUAUAAUAUAUAGGACGAUCUUCUAUUCUCUCAUUAAUAAAAUUAUUAUUAUACUAUCAUGACUUCUAUAAUUAUACUCUAUUACUAUUGUUACCUGUAUUACUAUGAUUAUUGUCAUCGUUGCUGUUGCUGUUAUUGUUAACUGUGAUUGUUGCUCCUGUUGCUACUGCUGUUGCCAUCGCCGCGUGUCGAUCGCGCGUGUCCUGAAAAAAAAAAAAGAAAAAAAGUAUGAAAAGACGUUGUUCAAGUCAUCGUCGUCAUCGUCGACAUCAAUGUCGGCGUCGCCGAUACGCUAAUUAUAACAAUAAGAUACGACUAUCGCCUACUCAAUGUACAAUAUGUAGUAUUUACCUGUUGUUACCAUCAAAAUCGUCAUCAAAGAUAUAUAAAAAUAUUGUAAUUGUAACA